AUGACCUUUCCGGCCAAGAGCUAUGCCGAGGCCUGGACGGCCGACGGGCGUUCGGCGGAGGAGGACGAGGGCCUGGUCGCCGGCGGCAGCUCCGAGACGGAGGCUUGCUUGCCUGUUGAGCAGGCGGAUGAGCUCGGUAAUAUUCCCGUACUGUCUUCGACGUAUCCGGUAUAUGUUACAAUACACCGCAUUCAACGUUUGAUUCUUGCGAGCAUUGAUGAACCCUAUACUCUUGAGCAGUUGAAACACCCACGCAUCAACGCACUCAUCGUCCAGCCCUUGGUCGACAGGCUUUAUGAUGCCGAUGACAUCUCUACGGUGUACUGCCUGUUGGCCAACAAAUUGCACUUCAUGCGUGAGCAGUCGACCUCUGUGCACCAAGCCGUCACGACGGCGCGAGCGACCCUGUGCGAAGUACUUGCUACUCGCAUCCUGCGGCAGUUUCACGAAGUCAACUCGGGCAAUCAAGGGCUUUUGCUACUCUCUCGCAUGCUCGUAGAAGGAUUUGACCCAUUCCAGGGCGCGCCCCAGGCCGUUGAGACUGGCGGCCGGCAACGUGUUCAAUGGCCGGUUCAGGAGAGAGGCGGUCAUGAACGCAAGGUCACCGCUCUCGAGCUUGCCAUCUUGUCCGAGAGCAAGAUGUUUAUCAGCUCGGCCGGAUGCCAGAGAGUUGUCAACGCAGUGUAUGAAGGGCGUGUCAUCUACACCCCUUUGUCCUUUGUCGACAUCCUGCCGGACCAUUACAAGCAUCGUCCCGUCUCACUCUACGAUCCACGCAAGGCACCUAUUCUUAACCACCACCGCCUCAUUGUACCGCGCUCUCGCAACUUGAUCGAAUUCAUCCACUUUCUUGUCCUACUGGCUCUCUACCUAUUGACUAUGUUGUAUCGGAACAGCAGUAGCGAGAUAUUUGAGCUGCUGUUUUGUCUCUACACAGCUGGGUGGGUCUUGGAUGAGAUUGCUGCCGUGGUCGAACAUGGCUGGGAAGUACACUCCCAGAGUCUAUGGUCCUUUCUCGACAUUACAUUUUCGUCCAUCUACGGCGUCUAUCUACUAGCUCGUGUCUACGACAUCAUCGUCGGGCGCUUCCCCAACGGACAUGGCCUACACAUACUGGCUCUGGCAGCCCCGAUACUUCUCACGCGAGUCGCCUUCAACAUCAUGCCCAACAAUAUCGUCUUCAUCUCACUUCACGCCAUGAUGAAGGACUUCAUGCUUCUCACCUUCUUGGCUGCAUGGUGUUUUAUGGGUUUCCUACUUGCACUGCAAUGGCUCAUCGAUGCAAACGAUAAUUUUAGCGAGACUCCAACGUGGUUCACCAUCGUCAAGUGGAUGUUGUGGAUCUGGUUCGGUCUGGACGGAACGGGCAUCGAAGAGUCUGUGCAGUUCCACCUCAUCUUUGGUCCGGCACUGAUGAUCGGUUUCGCCUUCCUGGGGAACACUCUGUUUCUCACGAUCCUGGUGGCCAUGCUCACAAACACCUUUUCCAAGAUCAUCGCGGACGAGACAUCAGAGGUUCGCUUCCGCCGAGCUGUGCUCACCUUUGAAGGAGUCAAGAGCGACGCAAUCUUCGCAUACCCCCCACCGUUUAACAUAUUCGCCCUCCUCUUCCUGCUGCCGCUCAAGUUCUUCGUGUCGGCAAAGACAUUCCACUCGGUCAACGUCAACCUCAUCCGCGCGCUGAACCUGCCCACGCUCCUGCUGAUCACGCUGUACGAGCGCCAUCAGUUUUCCAGCAGGACGCGGAGGAAGGGGAAGAACUCCUUCUUGGCGUGGCAGUUCAACUACUUCUCGCCGCAUGCCGACAUCGACGCUGUGUUCAAAGCGGUGCCCCCGCCAGAGAUCUGCGAUGCCAUCGAGGCCCUGGACAGGAUUGGUGAUGCGGUGUCGGAGAAGUCGGCUGGUCCGUCCCGCCGAAGACCAGUGCCACCACGGGCUUGGUCUCCUCACUUGCCGAUGACGGGGGAGCAUGAGGACUAG